AUGCGAAUGUCAAGUAUCCUGGGAUACGAGAGCUCGAUAUUACCACUAAUCUGCGUCUGUUCGCUCGCUGUCCUCGCGUGGAACGUUUUGCUGGUCGUGUCGAGCGUCCGGAGGUUGUUAUCGAUCUACGAGGUGAACAAGUCGAGAAGAAGGUGGAAGAAAUCGACGUCGGAUCAUCUGGUACCGGGAAGCGUCUCGUGGCGCGGAGGAAAUCAAUUAUUGACCAGAUCUGCUUUGCAUAGGCGACCGGAGUUCCAGCCUUGCACAGUCAAACGUCUACUCGAGGAGAUCUUUCAAGAUAUUCGUGCAUCAUUCUGGAAGAAUUUGAAAAGUCGUUUGGAAAAGCGAAAGAAGCGUCGUUAUGAUUCCAUCUCGAUAGAAAUCACCGGGGCGAAUAUUAGAAACGAUAUGGACGUUUAUUUAGAUAGAAGCUCGAACGACGACGUCACUCUCGAAACGAAUUUCGACGCAGCAGCCGAUAAAUUAAAAAACGUGGAAGCGUGGACGAGCGAGGGAAAGAAUUCACAGUACGAUGCAACGUUCCAAGAAAGCUGCGCAACAUCCUCGUCGAAAUUUAUAGAUUGGUCCGAGGGCAAACUCAGCGAGUACGCUAUGAUGAAAAACGUUGCCGUGGUUCCAGGAGUGGAAAGAUAUGCAGAGGACGCGUUUGCUCGUGAGAACGAGAAUACGUGCCCGAACAACAACGAGGUUCGUUCGUCGUAUAAAUUCGAGGCGCAUUUAGAAAUUGGAAGGGACGGCGAACAUUCGCAGCAACGUUUGGCAAAUUUCGAGAUGAGAAAUGAAAUACCUUCGGAGACGACGGCGAGUCGUUCCCUGGCGGAGAAGUUUCUCGUUUCGAUCUUGCAAGAGGACGUCGCGUUCAUGAAAAAUUCUCAGCAACUUCCGAACGAAAAGGUAGUUGAUUUCGAGAUGGAUGCAUCGAAGGAAACCGCUCGUGCAUCGAAAGGAUUCGCGGAGGUGGAACAGAAAGAAAAUGAAAAUCCUGCGAAGGUAGCUGAUACGUUCGAGGAAUUUUCGUUCUGCGAGGCAACGGGUAAGGAUGACGAUGCGCGUACGCGGAAGGACGAUUAUUUCGACGAACAGUUUGGAAUAGACCCAAAAAGCGAGGCAAAUUGUACGGAAGAAAAAUCUGCGUUUCAUUGGAGCAAGAGUGCGAUAUCUCGAAGCAAAGAUGAAGAGGAAGACGUUGGAUCGUCUCCAAAGAAGAAUUCGACGAGGAACGAGGAUAGAAGAACGGAAUCUACGAUUUUCUUUAGCCGAUCACGCGCCACCAGUUCCGGCAAAGAGGAGGAGGAAUUGAACGUUAUCGUUCGACGUAUGAUCGUCAUGGAGUUGAAGAGGCAUCGAAAGAAAGAACAGGCGAUGUUGAAGAAGUCUCAUUCCGAUACGGAGAACGUACUCGCAAGAAAAAGGCGCAACAACGGAAACAGAACAGGUCUGUUCGGCGUCAAAGGCCAAACGUUUUUCCGAGAUUUGCUGGAGCUGGAGGAAAGUCUGCGGAGUAGUAUCGACAACGCGUCAGACAGCCAAUCCGCCAUAGUCGACGAAAGGAUCGCGAAACGCCAAGAUCACGCGGAACAAGAUGGAAAUGGUUCAAAGAACGACGUACAGAACGACGUGACGUUGGUCGAUCGUGCACGCGACUCGAUAGAUUCGAUGGCAACCAGCACCUGCAAGAUCCACUCGAAUAUUCAGCUGGAAAGAAAAGUCAAUGCGCCUUGCCUGAGGGACGCCGUGGCGGAACGAUCGAUCGGGCCUACAAAAAUGUUGACGACCGAUCGGCAGAACCAGGUGAGCAAAUCAACGCAGACAGAAUACGUCUACGUAAUACGAGCAGUGAGAAGUUGUCCCGUUCGAAGGAGGCGACUUCCACUGCACUUGCAGCUACAUCGACUGGUAUCGGGUCGUGAUGCAGUUUGUUCUAAAACGGCUUACGCGAGUUUGGAUUUGUCGACAUACAUCUUUCGAAAAGCUUCGGAUAAUCUCAUUUACGAAAAGGGUAAAGCUAGUCUCAGUCCUAGCUACAUUCCUAGCCCAGAAAGACAUCGAUGGAAAUACGUGACGCCAAGCAGAGCCAAAUGA